UGGCCGGGGGCGUGGCCGGGCGGGGCGCUCCAGGUCCAGGUCCGCUGGCGGGACGCAGUGCUGCUGCAGCGCUCGGAAACCCCCACGCUCGCUCCGGAGAUGUCUGCCAGCAAGCGGGUGGCGAAGGAGUUGGAGGACCUUCAGGCAAAGCUUCCCUCGUACCUGCGGGACCUGUUCAGCCACGAUGCGGACGUCCUGGUGUGGCACGCACUCCUCCUGCCCGAAAAGCCCCCCUACAACCUCAAGGCUUUCCACCUGCGCAUCAGCUUCCCCGAGAACUACCCGUUCAAGCCCCCUACGGUGACAUUCACAACCAGGAUCUACCAUCCCAACGUGGGCCAUGAUGGAGAGGUCUGCCUGCCCAUCAUCAGCAAGGAGAACUGGAGUCCUUACAUGAAGGCCUGCCAAGUCUUGGAGGCCCUCAACAUGCUGGUGAACAAACCCGACCUGGGGCAGCCGGUCCGGUUGGAGCUCGCAGACCUGCUGGCGCAGGACCCGGAGCUGUUCCACCGGGAGGCCAGAGAGUUCACCCUCAACUAUGGAGCCGACCGGCCCUCCUAACUGGUUCUGACCCCUCUCUUCGCUGGCUCCUCUCUGCAUGAUGGAUGGACAUUUCGUGGAAGGGGGGAGGCUGGGCCCCCCUCUCGUUUGUUCCAUGGCUUCCUUCUUAGCUGAUUAGUCAUGAGCCUGUGCGUGUGUGUGGCGUGUGGCCCCGUUCCCAGGCUCACCUGGCCACAGCGUGCUUUUCCUGCUCUUUUUCACGUUCUUUCAGUGACAGGCCGGCUCUCCAGUGCUCUGUGGUCUCACAGACACAGGUCACCGUCAGGCCAGCUGGCAGGAAAUGAGCCCAGGAGCCACCUCGAGUACCCCUCGGGCCCAGGCAUCAGGCAGCGGAGGGGACGUGAGGACUAUGGAGGGGACGCGGGGCCCUUGCAGAGAAUCGUAUUUACACUUGAGUGAUCUGUUUAUUGAGUGUUUGAAGUCAGCUGGACCGCUGAUAAUUACUUUGUGUCUAGAUUUAUGUGCUAAACCUUUUCUUUUCCAAUGAGAAAUCACAAACUGAGGAACCUAAUCACUAUCCAGAAAUCUGACUAUAUGUUGUUUUUUUAUAA